AUGCGCGCCGCGCCGGUGGCGUCGCCCGCGCGCACCGCGCGCGCGCGAGGUCUUCGACUUGCGGCGCGCGCGCGCGGCGAUGGAUGCGCGGUGACGCGUCGUGCGGUGACGCGAUCGCCGGUGCGACGGGGACGAGGACGCGCGAAUGCGACGCACGCGACGAAUGCGGCGAAAGAACCGGUGUACUUGCUCGAUUACGGCGCCGGGAACGUGCGAUCGGUGAGAAACGCGGUGACGGCGCUCGGGUUUGAGGUGCGAGACGUCAAGACGCCGAAAGAUUUGAGCGAAGCGAAGAAGUUGAUCUUCCCGGGCGUGGGGGCGUAUGGAAGUGCGAUGGAUAUCUUGCGCGAGCGCGGGUUGAUCGAGCCGUUGCGCGAGUACGUGAGAGCGGAUAAGCCAUUCUUGGGCGUGUGCCUCGGUUUGCAACUUUUAUUCGACGGAAGCGAAGAGAGCGGGGGGGUCGAGGGCUUGGGACUGAUUCCGGGGAGCGUCGAUAAAUUUCGCGGUGAGGGGCUGAUUGUGCCUCACAUCGGGUGGAACCUCACGAACACGAAAAAGUCGAGCGGGUUGAUGGACGGCAUGGAGAGCGAGCGCGUGUACUUUGUGCACUCGUACAGGGCGACGCCGACGGAGGCAAACAAGGAUUGGGUGCUCGCGACGUGCGAUUACGGCGGAGAAUUCAUCGCGAGCGUGCAGAAGGGAAACGUCAUGGCGUGUCAGUUUCACCCGGAAAAGUCUGGCGCCACUGGUUUGGGGGUGUUUCAGCGCUUUCUGGAGGACGCCAAGCCGACGGGGCAAUUCGGCACGGCGCCGAGCGUGACAAACGGUUUAGCGAGGCGCGUUAUCGCGUGCCUAGACGUACGCUCGAACGAUAGCGGAGACUUGGUAGUGACGAAGGGUGACUCGUACGACGUACGCGAGAAGGAUGAAGGUGGUGACGUGAGAAACUUAGGCAAGCCGGUUGAAUUAGCGGGCAAAUAUUUCAAGCAAGGCGCGGACGAAGUCGCGUUCCUUAACAUCACGGGCUACAGAGACUUGCCACUCACGGAUGCACCCAUGCUAGAGGUCCUUCGUCGCUCGAGUGAAACCGUAUUCGUGCCGCUCACGGUUGGUGGGGGCAUUCGUGACUUCACCGAUAGCAACGGCAAGUCGUACACCGCGCUCGAGGUGGCGAGCGCGUACUUUGCGAGCGGCGCCGACAAGGUGUCGAUCGGAAGCGAUGCCGUGUACGUCGCCGAAGAUUGGUACGCAUCUGGCAAGGUGAACACGGGCAAGACGAGCGUAGAACAAAUCUCCGAGCGUUACGGUGUGCAAGCGGUGGUGAUUUCGAUUGACCCGCGCCGGCAAUACGUCGCCGAUCCAUCGAUGACGAAGAACAAGUGCGUGGAAACGUCUCGCCCGGGCCCGAACGGAGAAAAGUAUGUGUGGUUCCAGUGCACCGUGAAGGGUGGACGCGAAGGUCGCGAUAUCGGUGCGUAUGAGCUCGCCAUCGCCAUGGAGGCUCUCGGUGCGGGAGAGAUUCUUUUGAACUGCAUCGACGAGGACGGCCAAGGAAACGGCUUCGAUCACGAGCUCGUAAACCUGGUGUCGGACGCGGUGGGCAUUCCCGUCAUCGCCUCGUCCGGUGCGGGAUGCCCCGAACACUUCACCAACGUUUUCAACGUCACCAAGUGUUCGGCCGCGCUCGCAGCCGGUAUAUUUCAUCGCGAAGAGGUCUUGGUGAGCGAAGUCAAGGCGCACAUGACUUCGAACGGGUUGCCGACGCGCGCGUAG